AUGUAUGCCCUCGCAUUAGCUCUGGUCGUGUUGGGGUACUUCUUAGUGAUCCCAGUCAUCAAGUACUUUCUUGACCCAAAGGGUCUCAGGAAAUAUCCCAAUUUCUACCUUUUGUCCGGCAUAUCAGAUAUACCGUUUAUUUACGAAGCCCACAAAGGCUUCCGUUCACGCAAUCUCUUCGAAGCCCACAAAAAGCAUCCCGUUUUACGAGUCGGUCCGAACUCGCUAUCUUACUCCGAUCCCAACGCCAUCAAGGAUAUCUACGGUCACAAUACAAGUUGCAUCAAGGAUCGUUUCUACUCCGAGACUGGAGGCUCACACGCCCACCUUGCAGAUGUCGUGGACAAAAAGGAACAUGCCCGGAAGAGAAAGGUGCUGUCAAGCGCCUAUGCGGUCAAGAAUCUUGAAGAGUGGGAGUUCAAGGUGGCGGACGUCAGCGCAAAACUCAUCAAGGCGUUUGACAAGCGGUGCACUGAUCCACUGCCUCCAAAUCAGAAUCCAAACGAGGAAGAUCUAACGGUUGAUUAUCGAAACUGGACAGUCCUGUGGACCGCAGCUGCGAUCGCGAAUAUUGGUCUUAGCGAAGAUCUCGGUUUUCUUGAUGAGGGAUUCGACACAGUGAAGUCUGAGAGCAAGGAUGGCACAGUUAAAGAUGUCUCCUUCCGUGAAUGUCAUACUGCUACACAGAGGGUAUCAUACCAGUUGAUCUGGUCUUACGACUGGUUCAAGACCCUUCGCCGACUUAGCAAAGUGGUCUCGUCAAGCUAUCGGCGUAUGUGGCGGUUAGAUGGGGAUUGGGGCGGUAUUGUUUAUAACCGUGCGACUACACGACUGAAGCGACAUAUGAAUGGCGAGAAAUUGGACGAUUUCUUUACCGUUCUAAUGGGAGACAAAAACGGAACACCUCACAAUCUAGAAUGGGGGGAGAUCGUCGCAGAGAUUAAUAUUAUGAUGAAUGCGGGACACGAUACCACAGCUAUUGCGCUUCGAAACGCUCUCUUUUUCCUGCUGAGAAAUCCCAAAUGCCUGGCUAAGCUUCGUGAGGAGCUUGACGAAGUUUUGGAAGAAGAUGAGGUCGUUGCACCAUAUGGCAAAGUCAAACACCUGCCAUAUCUCCGAGCAUGCAUAGACGAGAGUCUUCGAAUGCUCCCACCCAUUGUAUUUGGUUUGCCUCGCCGAACGCCUAUGGAAGGUACUUUGAUCCUCAACGAAUAUGUCGCUGGAGACACAUCGGUCAGCAUUUCGUCUUUUGUGAUGCAUCACCAAGAGUCGGUUUUCAAGGAUCAUAAUAUCUAUAAGCCGGAGCGGUGGUUAGGAGAGGAGGGCAAAUCUCUACAGCCAUAUUUUAUUCCCUUCAGUACCGGGGCGCGAGGCUGCAUUGGCCGGAAUAUUAGCUACCUAGAACAAACAGUCCUCAUUGCUUCUUUGGUACACCGAUUUGAGUUUGCGUUGCCUCAUCCUGACUGGAACCCUCCAAUCCGCGAGACGACAAAUCUGAGUCCGGGUCCGAUGCCAUUGAAGCUUUGGAGGCGAGUGAUUGCCUAG